AAGUAUUUGAAGCAGAGUUUUACAGCUUGCUUGCGGAGCCAUUAUUUUUUAGCGGAGAAAAAAGUUGGAGGCUUGUCUUGUGCUUGAUUUUAAAACAUUAAAAAACCGUAGACAAUCAAAAUUAAACAUCAACUGAAAUUCUUGGAAAAGAAAAAAAAUAAUAAGUAUAGCUGUUUUCUUUAUCAUUUCAUGUUCGAAGAAUUGCUGAAAUAACUUACAUAACAAAGAGGAAAAAUGGAAUUAUCUGUGUUCGAAGUUUGACUGAUCUGUAUCCUGCUAUACGGUUUCAGAAACUGACAGUUUUGCAUCAUGUUUCAGGUUCAACUAGUCAUGGCUUUUGGUCCAGAGGCUACCGGUUCUGUGCCUCCUCAAAAAUCAUGGAGUAUUGUACAGUUCGAAAAAUCCAUUGGAAUCGUUCCAUUUAACUGGUUUGCAAAAGACAAAACUUCUUGUCAGUUCCCGAAAGUCAACGUUAAAUUCUCUGACAGAAAACUGCGCCGUACCCAAAGAAGGUUGGCUGACGCACAAAGUUUUGCGUGUGAUCAAAGAUAACAUUCCUGAUUUCAGUGUUGCAAAAGAUGAAUACCUUCAAUCAGAAAGUGAGGUUGAAUCACCUCCUAAAGUAAAACCCAAUAAAAAUCGUCAUACUCUUCCUGUAUUUCCACGACAAAAUUCUAAGGUAGUAAAAUUAACCCAUGAUGAAGAUGGUGACGAUGAAAUGGACGAUGGUGGCAAUGGACAAAAGUUGGACAGCAACCCUGGAACAUCAAACCCACAUCAAUCUAUUAUUACACCUGGUUCUCAGACGAGCUCACCUGGAACGCAACAACCUACUUCUCAUCUUUCUUCCACACCUGGUUCUCAGACGAGCUCAAAUGCAACGCAACAGCCUACUUCUCAUCUUUCUUCCACACCUGGUUCUCAGACGAGCUCAAAUGCAACGCAACAGCCUACUUCUCAUCCUUCUUCCCAGCCUGAUGGUCAAUCUGUUAAUAAUGACUUCCCUGUCAUGAGAGAGAAUGACUCUACGGAAAAGAAACUCUCUCAAAUAUUAACCAUCCUUUCACUACAUCACGUGCAGCUUAAGAACAUUAACGAAGCACUCGCCAAUGCCAAUGCCAAUGCCGAUGGAAAAUCUAAGCAGACUAGCAACAGAGAGAAACAAGAUGGGAAUAGCUCUCAAUCGGAAGAUGAAUUUCUCCUUUCCAACUGUCCUUUCAAAACUCCAAAGGAGUUUGAAGCAUUUGACAUACAACUCGCUAGCAGCAAAAAUAUGCGAGGAAAAUUUUUUACCGAAAUUAGUCUGUCGUUUUCGAAAUGUCGCAGAAAAAUUAUUCAAGUUCGUCGCCGUCUCCUCCGGCAUCUGAUUCUGAGGAUGAUGGUCCAACAACCUCGUUGAAGUUUACAGAAAUAAGAUUUUU